AGUUAAUCGAAGAGAAUCAGAAUAAUAAUAAAAGUUCAUCAACCCUUCAAACCUCAAACUUUUGUUCUCUUCUUUCUCUCUCUCUCUUUCAAACGAUGAAGAAGCUCUACCGUAAAGGAACCGUCCACCCCUCCCCCUCUUCCUCUCCGCCGCCGCCAACCAUCUCCGACCACCUCUCCUUCCUCCCCUCCGCCAUCCUCACCCUCACUCUCUCCCUCUCCCCGGAGGACCGAGAAGUUCUCGCUUACCUCCUCUCUUGCUCCUCCUCCUCCUCCAACAACAACCACUUCUCCUACAACAACCACCACCACCACCGCAGGAACCCUAAGGUGGUCGUGGAUGGCGAUCAUCCUCCUCUCUUUAACUGUUCCUGCUUCCGCUGCUACAUGAGCUACUGGGUGCGCUGGAACUCCUCUCCUAACCACCAACUCAUCCACGAAAUCAUCGACGCCUUCGAAGACUCUCUCACCCACACGGCGAAACUCUCCAGAAAGGAUAAAAGAAACAAGAGGGGCUCCAAAGCCAAGCCUCCCGAGUUGACUCGCUCCGAGUUUCACUCUUCGCCGGCCGAAGCGCUCCCCGAGGGGAGCGGUAGUGGAGGAGGUGCCGGCGGAGAGGUUGAAGUCUGUGAAGGCGUUGACGGUGGUGAAGGUGAGGAGAAAGGGUCGGUGAGAAGGUUUGUUAGUUUCAUCGGAGAAAGGAUUUGGGGUGCUUGGGGUCCCUGAGUGAGUUUUCAAGAGAAAAGGUGGGUUUAAUCUUUACCCUUUCUUUCUCUCUUUUGUUUUUUUUUUUAAUUUAUUUCUAAACUUUAUUAUUAUUAUUUUUUGCUUUUUGUACAUUAAUCACUUCUCUUGAAUGUAUAAAAAGAAAUGGCAGUGUUUCUGCUUUCCAUUA